CAAUCGAGAAGUGGCCACGAGCCGUGCCAGUGUCCUCGCUCUAUACGUCCUACACUCGUCUGCUCUGUUCUGCUAAAUCCGUGCACAAGGACCUGCCUGCUCUUGCCAGCUACAACACUACUCUCGCUAGUUGUACGGGAUUACAUAAAGAUCGGUGCAGCUAAACCUGACGUCGACAUCUAAAAUCGGCAGUUGCUGCUGUUGAUCUAGCUGGCCCUGCGAAUGAUGGAUGUGCAGCCAAGUGACGUUUUCGCAAGCUGUCAAUAGUGGAAAAUAGUGUCGUUCUUUGUGUGAUUCGCAAUUUGCCCGUAAACAAGUCGCAGUAGGCCGUUUUGUUAGCAUCCCUUUGUGGAUUAGUGUUUAUCGGAAUUUGCCAGGAUGGUGGUGACGGUUUCGGAUUUUCUGCCGAGCGGCAACUGCAGCUCCUCUAAACCAACAAAGAUGGCCCCGAACGCAACGGUAGAGGCCACCGGCGUGCUGAACGAGGUCGACGCCGAAACCAUCGACGGUGGACUGUCCAAGGACAUCACCACGCUAAAGCGCGCCGAAAAGCGCAAGAUCAAGCUGGUGUGGCGGAACGUGAUCGCGUUCGGUUACCUGCACCUGGCCGCCGUGUACGGCCUGUGGCUCCUGCUGACCUCGGCCCGACUCUACACCGUCGCAUUCGCCUUCAUCCUGUACGUGGUGUCCGGACUCGGUAUCACCGCCGGCGCCCACCGACUCUGGGCCCACCGCUCGUACAAGGCCAAGCUGCCGCUGCGGAUCAUCCUGGCGGUGUUCAACACGAUCGCGUUCCAGGACUGCGCCAUGCACUGGGCCCGGGACCACCGCGUGCACCACAAGUACUCGGAGACGGACGCCGACCCGCACAACGCGACGCGCGGUUUCUUCUUCUCGCACAUCGGCUGGCUGCUGUGCCGGAAGCACCCGGAGGUGAUUGCCAAGGGCCGCCAGCUGGACAUUGCCGAUCUGCAGGCCGACCCCGUGCUGCGGUUCCAAAAGAAAUACUAUAUGCUCCUCAUGCCUCUGGCCUGCUUCAUCCUGCCGACCGUGACGCCCGUCUACUUCUGGGGCGAAACCUGGACCAACGCGUGGUUCGUCGCGACCCUGUUCCGCUGGACGUUCAUCCUGAACGCGACCUGGCUGGUGAACAGCGCUGCCCACAAGUGGGGCGAUCGGCCGUACGAUAAGACCAUCAACCCGUCGGAGAACAAGACCGUGGCGUCGUUCGCGUUCGGCGAGGGCUGGCACAACUACCACCACGUGUUCCCCUGGGACUACAAGACGGCCGAGCUCGGCAACUACCGGAUGAACAUGACGACGGCGUUUAUCGACUUUUUCUCGUACAUUGGCUGGGCGUACGACCUCAAGACCGUCUCGAACGAGAUCAUCGAGAAGCGGGUGAAGCGAACCGGCGACGGCUCCCACAACACGUGGGGCUGGGGCGACAAGGACCAGGACAAGGACGAGAUCGCCCACGCCAAGAUCAUCAACCGGAAGGAGGAAUAAGCGGGGGGCGGAUGUGCGCGACCCUUACAUGAAAAUUCACACACACACGCAGACAUACACACAUUUACACGCCUACAUAAGAGCGAGAGCAUGAUGAGCGAGAGAGAGGGAGAGAGUGAGAGAUCGAGUGAGAGAGAUUGAGAGCGAAAGGAUGAGCAACACUUUCACACGCACCACCCCCCUCACAGUAACAAAUUAUUAUUCUGUAGAGAAGCUUAAGUGAUCAUUUUUUCGUCGUCUUACACACUUUUAUUUGAGGUUUAAGCAAGUUGCGCGAGCUCCCUCACGGAAAAAAAUCACGGAGGUUUUUUUUCGGUAAUGUUUUAGGAAAAUAACAAGAGAAACAGAGAGAGAGAGAGGGAGAGCCACACAAAUCAAACACAUUGAUUAACAAUUGGCAUAAUGAAUUUAAUGAAUCGAUGUCGGAACACAAACUGACGAAAAAAUCUAUAAAUCUGUGUAACUGUUUGAAACAGUAAAAAAUUAAAAAAAUGAAAACAGCAGAAAUGUUACUACUGUUACUAAAACAAAGAGAGAGAAAGCAUCAGAUAUUCUAUUCCCCGUUGAAAUUUGUCGCGUUUCAGUUGAAGUUUUAGUUCAAUUUGAGGUAGAUGAAGAACAACCAGAGCAAACGCAUUCAGGGCACUUUACUCUUAAAAGAGAAAGAGAGAGAUAAAAAAAAACUCGUAAAAUCUAACGGGGCACUUUUGCUAAACUAUUUCUAUAACGCUGGAAAGAAAAAAAAAACACACAUCAAUGUGAGGGGUUUGAAAAGGGUAGAAACUUUAGUUACUUUUAAUCUGCCGCAAACUUUUUGAUUUUACGCAAAUUUCAAAGUCUACAGCCUUUUAAAAGUAAAACAAAAAUCUUUACUUUAUCCAACCUAAUCCAUGCAAAUAAUCGAUUAGUUUUAAAGUUUGUAUAAUUUAUUUGCGGGGGAAGAAAGGUGAGAUUUUGCGCGCUUGUCAAAGUAAAGCCCAAGAACUUAGCUAAACAAACAAAAAAAGGGGAGGCGGACACUCGCAAUGAGGUCCGAAAAACGCUGUGAAAUUUGAAUCGUAAGACAAAAAGAAGAAACACACCCAUUAAUACUAGGAAGAGAGACGCUCGGGAAGUGUCGAUCAAAUCACCUUAAGGAGAAGAAAGUUGAAGAAAAUGCUGGAAAACACCUUGUAAACGUUGUUGUUUUAUUUUAUGCCCUUUUUUCACAACAUGCCACGUCAAAGAAAGUCCUUGUUUUAUUUUCUAAAUGCCCCCUUUUGUGUCUGAAGGGAUGCCGAAAAAGGAAGAUGAUCACAAAACCGGAUGGAGAGACUGAACCGCUUGAGAGCAACAGCAAAAGAAGAGCUUUUUGGAGUGGAUUUUUGUAGGAUGAAGCGUGAGAAAAAUUCGAGAGUACGAUUGAUACUAAAAUUUUACAUAAUUAUAAUUUUUGUUUUGUUUUCGUUAAAUUAGGACCCACCAUCAUUAUCACCAACUCUCUCUUCACGAAUGAAAGAAAAGAAAGAACGAUCUAAUCUAAAAACCACAUGUUCCUUACCUACUACUAUGGCACCAACCGAUUGAUGCAAACGAAAACUUCUUUUCAGCACCUUUCUGCAUGAUAAAAUCACAAAAUUGUCCUAUUUGUAAGAAGUGAAAAAAGCCAACCAAACAAGUCAUCCACGUUGAACGCAUAAAAAUAAACAACAAUAAAAGGCAGACAAGAAAACAAAAACUAUAUUCCGUUUGAUAUCCCUUUAAAUCUUUUCAGAAAUCAUGUUUUAAAACGCAAUCGCGCGGAAAAGAUGGUGACCGCCAGGUAAAAGAGCGUCAAGUGAACACGCGAGAAAUGUAACAAGAACACAGAGAGGAAGAAGAAUAAUGAAAUUAAUCUUAAUAAUUAUAACUGUAGUGAAAUAUAAUAAGAGCAAAAAAUCUAUGAAAAUUUAAAACUUAUUGGAAACGAGCAGCAAACGUAUGUAAGAGUCAGUAAGUGUAAUGGAAUAUAAAUCAACGUUUCAAACUUAAUACAUGGCGCGAAAUAAAAAAAAAGCACACACACAAAAGAGAAAUACACACACAAGACAGACAACUUUUUAUGGACUUAUUGAAAGUAUCUAUGAUAAAAAAGAUACAAAUCAGGAAAAAAAAUACUAGAAUCAAUGGUUUGAGAAAGAUGUCACAAAUCUACAGAAGAAUCAUAUGGAAACAAAAUAAAAUUGAGAUAUAUUCCGAAAUAUGCGCCGGAGCCGGAAAGAAGAAAAUUUUAAGUAAACGAAACAUUUGCUGAAAUACAAAA